CCUCCUCCCUCCUCUGUCUCCUCCAUUCCCAUCUUCUCCAUUGACGGGCCAUUCGAGCCUCUACAUUCUUGAUCAGAUCCAUUUGCCUCAUCAUCUUCGAGCCGUAUGCAACGAUGAUGUUGAUUAAUUGUUCCCACUGCCACACCCUGCUACAACUCCCGUCGGGGGUGUCGUCCAUACGAUGCACCAUCUGCAAGUCCAUCACUUACGUUUCUGAUUUUUGGGGUGUCCCCAUGCCUCUGGGGGCUUCUCAUUCCCUCCCACACCCAUCACCAUCUUGGGGGCUAGUGCUGCCGCCGAUGCCGGGUGGUGGUGGGCGAAAGAAAGCGGUGAUUUGUGGGGUCACGUAUCGGAACACACGAAAUGAGCUUAUGGGGAGUAUAAAUGGUGCCAAGUGCAUGAAGUACCUCCUCAUCAAUCGCUUCAGCUUCCCGGAAUCCAACAUCAUCAUGCUAACAGAGGACGAAAGAGAUCCAUACAAGAUACCAACCAAACAUAAUAUAAGAAUGGCAAUGUAUUGGCUCGUACAAGGUUGUCAACCAGGUGACUCUUUGGUAUUCUUCUACUCUGGCCAUGGUUCACAACGAAGAGACUACAGCGGGGAAGAAGCAGAUGGUUAUGAUGAAACCCUUUGUCCUCUGGACUUUAGAACACAAGGAAUGAUUGUCGAUAAUGAAAUUAAUGCAACCAUGGUCAGGCCGCUUUCUCGUGGAGUUAAGCUUCUCGCUAUUAUAGAUGCUUGUCACAGUGGCACCAUGCUAGAUCUACCUUACCUUUGCAGAAUGAACAGGAGUGGGCACUAUGCAUGGGAAGAUCAUCGCCCAAGAAAUGGUGCUUGGAAAGGUACUAGUGGUGGAGAAGUCAUCGCAUUCAGUGGUUGUGAUGACAAUCAAACUUCUGUACAAACCACGGCUCUAUCAGGGAUUACCUCAACAGGUGCCAUGACUUACUGUUUCAUCCAAGCCAUUGAGCAAGGACAUGGGACAACAUAUGGUAGCAUACUGAAUUCGAUGCGAUCCACCAUAAGAAAAACCAUCGAUUUAAAUUCCGGAGGCCCUGUCACUUCAUUCAUCACUAUGUUGUUGACUGGAGGUAGCAUGCCUGGCACACUGAGACAGGAGCCGCAGCUGACAUCAAACACAAUGUUCAAUGUUUAUGCAAAACCGUUUUCUCUGUAAUGUGUAUUUUCACUUUUGCACUUGAAGUGUCUUCUGUUGUCAUUGAUUAUGCACAUGUUUUACAUCUGUUUUGCUUGAUUUGACUGACGUUGAGAAACAUCUUCUGAGGGUUUAUCGAUUUCUUUGACAUUGGUGUAUAGGAUUUUUCUUCCAUCAAUAUAACAUUUCUUUCUAUAGCAUGCAUAAAAGAAGACUACUCCUAUGCAUGGACCCAUUAACAUAAUGAACUAGUAUUAUUGGUCAUCUUAUAUUGAGUUGGGUUGUAACAUGCUUUAUAAAUUCAAAACCCACUAGCAAAUGCCAGCCAGCUUUAAUAUCAUUCUUUAUGAUGGUUUGAUUCUGUGUGAUGCAAGAUACCAAAAAGGGUGUAUUCAUGAGAAAACAAGCCACUAUUAUGGAGAUUGUUAGAUGCUUACAACAAAGUUUUGAGUGCAAUAAAAGGAAUCAUAAAAAAAAGGAGUAUUCAUGAGAAAACAAUCUGCUAUCAUGGAGACUGUUAGAUGCUUAUAACAAAAUUUUGAAUGCAAUAAAAGGUAUCAUCCACUUCGACCGACAAUCUCAAUCUCACCUCAUUUUAAUGCAAAUCAAUAAGGCUCAAAUGGUUGGGAUUAGCAAACUUCUGUAUUGCUUGAUUUGACAGACAUUGAGGUACAACUUCUUAGGGUUUAUCAAUUUCUUUGACAUUGGUGUAUAGGAUUUUUCUUCCAUCAAUAUGCCAUUUCUUUCUAUAGCAUGCAUAAAAGAAGACUACACCUAUGCAUGGACCCAUUAACACAAUGAACUAGAGUUAUUGGUCAUCUCUGAUUGAGUGGGGUUAUCAUCAGAAAUUGCAUGCCAAUGUCUACAUGCUUUAUAAAUAUAAAACCCAUUAGCAAAUGUCAACUAGCUUUAAUGUCAUUAUUCAAGGGGGGUUGAUGCUGUGUGAUACAACAUUACAAAAAGGGAGCAUUCAUGAGAAAAAAGCCACUAUUAUGGGGAUUGUUAGCUGCUUAUAACAAAAUUUUGCUUAUAAUAAAGCCACUUUAUACAUUAUACUUAAAUAAUGUAUAAAGUGUUGUUUAAAAGAAUUCACAUCGAAAAUAACAAAUUUUAGUGGGAAUAAAUUGAAGAAAAGCUUGCCUGUAGAAAUUAUGCUUUCAUUAAUUGUUGCUCUAUAAAAAGAUUUGAUGUGAUAUUUAAUGCACGAGUAAUCUUCUUUGAGGAUUUUAUUUGAGCUUGCGGGCUUGCAAGGCCAAGGUAUUUGUGCCAUUUGAUUGGGCUGCACUGGGUUGAUAAAGCACAUAUAACACUGCUAUUUACCACGAAGGGGAUUGCCAAACCUUCUACCACGCUCAUGACCUUCUUCCUCUUUGAACAAACACAAUCCUAUGCUCGGGUAAUCACAUAUAAAGGGAGUUCUGAAGCCAGAUGCAGGUCCAAUGUGCACCUAGCACUUUCAUUGAACAAAAAACAGGCACACUAAAGGUGUUGCAACAACCCUCAGACAUAUAACAUAGGUCCUAUUAUACCCGGUGAUAGUAAUUUCUGCUUAUGAAAGUACUAUCAUAAACCCGGUUUUGUAAGAUAGAAUCAGAAACAAAAAACAAAAAACACUGAUAACAGAUCAAAACUGGUUUGAUGAUAGUACUUUCUGCUUAUGAAAAACACUCAAAAACACCAAAAAGCAAUGGAAAACAAGAAUUGAAAUGACAUGUCGAAUACCUUGACUGCAUUGCUCCAUGACAUUCUCCCCCAUUUAUUUCUUCAACGCUCUCAUCAAAGCCUUCUUGUAUGUUGCAAAUUGAUUAUACUUAGCCGCAAUGUGCUUCUCAGCUUCUAUUGUUAAGUGGUUGACUUUGAUCCACCCACUUUGUUGCAAUUUGCCGCCGAGGUGGUUCAGUUGGGGAAGUUGGCUGGGUUGGAACACUUUUCGCUGAAUCCUUUGGAUUUUUUAGUCAGCAAAAGAAGAGCCUUCAUGCUUGCGUUCGAGUCCCCUUGAGGUGUUACCCUGCAAGAGCUUGACUGGUUGGAGUUAGCGUAAUAUUACAGAACUUGAAGCGUCUAUGCUACUCUUGUGAUGUUUGGCCCUUGCAUCUUCUAUCCCAUCACCAUCUUCUCGAAAUAGGUUCGCACUAUCUCCAUUUUUGUGGUAACUCGACGAGAGGAUAGUGCAUGGACAUACCACCUUCAAUGUAGCCAAUAACCCAAUGGUGAGGAGUUUAUGGUUGCUGAAUUCUGAGCACUUUAAAGGGACUUCUAUUUGAUACAAAGGUCCACUAUGUAGGUGAGGAGAAUUGGGUUACUCUGAUUGGCUUCAUCUAAAUUCCUCGGGUUGUACUCCUUGCUUUGAGUUAAUUACUUGAUUUUGUCCACUUUGUGUCGUCUCAUUUCUGAGUACUAGAAGUGUUGCUCAAGCUUGAGCUAAAUUAAGAUCUUGUAGAACCUUUAUCAAACAAACUUGGCCACACCUUUAGGAUCACACAUGCUCCAUUUGCAAUGAGAAUUAUGCUCUUCCCUCUAGAGCAUAAGUUUGGUCAACACUCGGAAGACUCACCAUUGUGAUACCAUGCCUCAUCCUCUAAUGUUCAUGGCUUUCUAUUCGAUGCUUUCUCGACCAAGUUCUUUUUGGAUGGACUCGAGGUCCUCGCAAUGCCGUGCCUCUACUAAUCAGUUGCUUUUGCACACCUGGUGACAUAGAAAGCAUUUCUCUUUUGAUCCUUUGCCAAUCUAAAUAUAACUUUUCAGUGUGAUCAUCACCAUUUGCUUGUCGCAGGGUCUCGCCAACAUUGAUUGUUUGGCCAUUUGCUUGACAUUCACGAUUGCUCGCCCGAUCUCACCACUCAAAAGCAUCGGGAUACCCACAAGCAAAGAUAAGCUCUGAAGAUUUUCUCACUCCAAAAAUGAUGUCCAACGUGGAUGGUCUACUAGAUUUUUGACUCAAUCACUGAAUUCAAACUUCCAUUCCACUUUUUAUUCUUAUGGAAAGGGCUUCGGUGACUGAGUUGUUGUUAAGUUGGUAUAUUCUUCAAGAGCGUCAGUCUCAAUGGACCAUUGCCCCAUGCUAAGGCCUUCUGACUCCGGCUACAUUGUUGUGGGAUGAGUCAAGUCUUUCCGCUUCGAUUCCUUCAUCACUUGCUUAACUGAGAGUACAUGUGGCCGUCGAAGCUCUCUUCGAAAGUGUCACCAUGCAUGGAGAGUCGCCGUCUCAUCUUUUGAUGUUUUUCAUGGAAAUUCCAAGGUCUAGAAAAUUAUAAGUGUCUCAUCUUUGAUGAUUUUCAUGGAAUUCAACAAAUGGUUAAGCAGGGACAUCCUUCAUUGUUAUGUGCCAUGCUCUUGUGCUCACAAAUAAGCAUUUCCUGCUGACAUAGAGUUUCAUCAUUUUGUUUUGAUUUAUACCGAUACAAAUGUUGCAAGUAACAGAGUGCUUUUCUCUUCUUUCGAGGACAGACAAAGAGGCAUCUUUUGUCCUCUGGAUGGAGUCUGUUUGUGGGUGCGAAAAGGCUUUAAGCUGGUGAUUCUGUAUUGUUUAUCAGGUAAAAUGGUAGAACACGAGGAAAAUAUGUUUCUGAUUGCAAUUAUAUUACAAUUUGAUCUUGGAAUUGACUUUUCUAAACCUAGAAACUUGGAAAUUAUUGAAGGAUUGUUCUUUCAUUGCUUAAAUUGAUGUAUUCUACAAGAUCAUAGAAGAUAUAGUGUAGAUCUGCCAUAGCCACUAACAGGAUAUGUGCUUCUUUUAAAGACAUUAUGAGGGUUCAGAAACUAUUUUGCCAAGGGCUUACCAUGAUUUUGCUCUUGUGGAUAUCUCUUGUAAAAAUUUUCUUCAUUCCAAUAGUAUCACUGAAAUAUCAAAUACCACAAGAGUGUGAAAGUAACAAAUUAGUGAUGAGUUAAGGUUGGCAAAAAUCAAGACUUGAGUUAGGUAUGGGCAAGAGUCGGACAAUAUCAAACAUACUAUAUAACAGCCAGAUCCAGGAACCCAGAUAUCAAUCGUGGCCAUUGUAGUUGUUUGAAUUAGUUCUGAUUUUAUUUAUUUAUUCUUCUUUCAGUCAACUGAAACCUGACCUUGUUGGAAACAAAGGAACUGGUGAGAUGCUGGUUUUAGUUUGAAACAUUUUGGUAGUUUGCUAAUGAAAUAGAUGUAAGUCUUGUUGCGAGUUAUUUGACUGCAUAGGUUUCUAAAGAUUUCUGUUUCCAUGUCACCCAAUCUCUUCCAACUUUUGUUGCAAGUUUGAGAUCAAGCAAUGCAGGUCCUUGUCUCCUUAUGAUUUAAAGCAUUUCUCAAGAAUAAAGCUUGCUGGUUUAUCUCUAGAAUAAGGCUUGCUGGUUUAUCCAUCCAUGUGUUGCAAAUCCUUCUUUGAGUUUGAAGUCUGGUAGAGAUUUCUUUAUUAACACCUAGGUCUUUGAGUCUGAUAGCAAACUUACAAUGGUAGUUCCCAAUCUCCUCUUGUGCAUGUGAUCUCCAAAAUGUCCAUUCCUAAUCAGUGUGUUAUGUACCCUAUAGAAGGCUUUCUGACAUUCUUGAUGCACAACUUAAGGAAUAAAGGGUUUGCGGAUCCAUUAUAAGCUAAUGCAUGCUAUCGAACUAGUCAUAAGGAGUAUUGUGAACAAUUUCUGUAUUGGAAAAGAAACCUACUAAAAAUUGUUGAACUUUAUAACAAGGGCACCUCUUGCUAGUGUCAUGUAUUCCCACAAAACUGGUUUGUCUUGAAUUUUCAUUGUAAGUAUCACAUCGAGAUAACUUACAAAUUUUAACUAGUCUCUAUUAAAUGAACUUGCUUCAACCUUGUUAUCCUGAUUUUUGAUUGAGAAUGCAAAGCAAACCCACUAGUCCACAUUUUUGAUAAAAUGAAAAAGCACCAAGAUUUGAUCUGAGUUGGGCCUUGAUCCGUUCAACCAAAUCUACUAGUGACCAAGCGACCAAAUCUAAUAUUGACCAAGCAAUUAUGAUCUGCUUUGAUUGAAUGCCUGAACUUGGAGCCAACCUGGUCUUAAAGUGAGAGAAGUUUUUGUUAGUACAUAUAUCUCAAACAAUAUAGCCGUUCUCAGAUCCAUUUGCCUGUCCGUAAUCCAGGUUGGUUCAGAUUUGUUGAAUGGGUGAGGAAAAAAUUGUCACCCCUAUGAAAAAUCAUCAAUUAUGAGAACCAAAAAUUACUGAAAGGAUUUUCUUUGUUCACUUUCUGCCUUUGUUAUUAGAGCUUAAGUACAGGGAACAAAGAGGCAGAUAUCCCAUGUUUCCUUCAUUAGAUGCUUGUUAUUAUGUGGAACCAGAAAGUAGGCAUCAGAUAUCUUUUCAUAAUCAUUGUUAUGCUGGUAGCAACACAAACAAACCUUGGGCAGGUUGACACAUGAAUAAUGUAUAGAAAAUUCAUUUAGCGGAAAAUAUUGGAAGUUUAUACUUAUAAAGAAGGUAGUACGUUUGGAAUUGCUAUUUGAAUAAUUGUAGAUUUUUUGGUUUUACUUGAUGUAUAUACAUGCACAUCCUGGAUUGCUGUCUGGGGCCAGUUUUAGUAUUCUAUCUUUUGGAAAAAAAAAAAAAAUCAUCACCAGAAACUAAUGAAAUAUAUAGUGCAUACAGGGAUGAGAAAUCACAGAUUCUCUUGGGUGUUAGGUGUGCCAACUGUAAACAAACAGCCCUAACAUCAUCUGUACUUUCCACUGACAGUAUGCAAAUUGGUGUCCUUGUUGCAGCAAGCUCAUGCUGCAGCAAGCAGGAACCCAUUCACUGUGUACUAUAAUCCUAGGUACAUUGUUUUGCUUUUGUUCGAUCUCCACGUUUUAAAAUGUGGAGAAAGCUAUUGAUUUUCAAGUGUUAAGUGCAAAAGGAUCAUUUCGGUCGGUCCCUUGACCACAGUCUUUGACAUUUUUAAAGACGGUAGAGUUGAAGAUGCUUAGCAGUUUUUAUUUCAAUCUGAAGAAAAUGGAGUUCCUGUGGAUAUAUUUGUUUGCUCUCUUGUGGUGGAUGGACUUUUCAAGUCAGGUUAUCUCGAAAGAGCUCUACAUCUCUGUGGAAGCAUGAAAAAGAAAGGGAUUUACCCAAAUGUUGUCAUCUACAAUUCUGUAAUCAAUGGUUUGUACCAGCAAGGAUGUCUAAAUGAAGCAUUCAACAGUUGUUGGUGCUUUGUCUACGGAAUGUUUCCUGGAUGAUUCAUGCCAAUUAUUUAAAAGGAUGAUCAUUAAGGGUAUUAUCAGUUUAUAACAAACUGAUAAGUUGGCAUAGCAGCUGUGGAUUGGUUGAAGAAGCCUUGGAUCUCCUCUCAAAUUUGGAAAAGAAUUGUUUGAAUUCAGAUGGGUAUACAAUUGCUGCUAUCCUAAAUAAGUUUUGUGAAGGUGCCCUAGUUUUCUUUAUUGACUACAAAAGCAGGGGAUGUUUUCCAGAUUUCUUGGGUUUCAUGAAUCUCAUGGUGGGACUUUUUGCAAAAGGAAGGAUGGAGGAAGCAAGGAGCAUUUUGAGGGACAUGCUAAAGUGUGCUGAAACUGUAGAUCUGAUAAAUAAUGCUGGAGAUGAGUUUCAUGUGGAGUCAGUCUCAUAUCUCUUGCAUGUGAGCAAGGAAGAAUCAAGGAAGUCAUACUUGUUCUUAAUGAAAUUGGUUAUUUGUCUAUAUCUUCCUCAAGAUCUAACAUUGGUAGAGUGUUUCUGAAACUAAAGGAGCUGCAUGGUUCAGGUGUUUCAGAUACAGAAAACAAGAUUAGAUGGAAGAGGUGUUCAUCGUCUACUGGUAGCUCAUGUUCAUAGGACUAUAUAAAAGAUGGAGAUAGUGACAAGGAUAUUAAUGGAUGUUUCAUGGGAAAACCACUAGGCUAUGACUUUGCAACCUACCAUUCCAUCAUUCCAUUGUUAUGUCAGCGAGGGGACCUGCAGAAGGCUAACGAAGCAGCAAGAACAAUUCUUCAAAAUCUACAGAAAGUCUCCUAUCACUCCAUCACAACUCUUUGAGUGAGUUUUGUGAGGGACUGGAUAAUGUUUAAGUAUGUUCCAAUCUCAUUGGUUUUGUAUGUUCCAUUGGACCAACCAAAAAGAAAAUGCAUACUAAGGCAGUUGGGAACUAUAGCUUCCAUUUGAAACCCAACCUAAUCCUGUAACAUUCUGAUUUGCAUUGUCUUAUUACUACUAUCAGGCCACAUUCUAAACUUUUCUUUGGUUUCCAAAGUUUUAGUAAGUCAGUCAGCAAGACCUUAAAAACUCAGCUGAUUGUAAAAUUUGAUGUAGUUGAACUUUUUAGUUCUGAAAAGUACCAUGCAUUAGAUAUGAUGAAUUAUUUUGUCACUGAUCUUUUCCCAGUAAUUGCACUGUUUCAGAAAAUAUUUGACUUACAUUAGUGCUUAAAAUGGACAUUUCAAUGGAAAAAAUAAAAUAUAAUGAGUUCUUGCUUGUUUGAUGAUCAAGGACCCAGAGGCUUUUUCAUUCCAGAAACUAUCCGGAAUCCUACUCAGGUAAAAGAUAAGGCCAAGAACAGAGAAUGAUAUUAAAGAAGAUUUACUUUGAUUUCCUCUUUCUUUUUUAUGUUUCCCAUACUGUUACAAGAGUUUUGGUUGAAGUGAUUUUGCAAUCUUAGUUGUCCCUUUUACUUUGCAGUCUAUCAGAGUCUUUUAUAUGCCAUUAUUGUUCUUGAUUCUUUGCUCUUUUGAAGUUUUGGGUUUUGGAUUUCAUUCAUGAAAGUAUUCAACUGUAUCCUUUAAUUCCCAUGAAGAACUCAACAGCACAAGAAGAGCCAUUUGCGCCACACUCGAGGAAUGGCCUUUGUUGCUUGGUGCACGAGUCAUGAGGUGAGCAGCUUCU